CAACCAAAUGUCAAACGUCAAAUAGAAAAAUUCGAAAAAAAGACUCAACCCAGGCAAAGGUUAUUUUUCGUUUUCUCUAUUAGAAAAUAAAAACCCUAAUUGCCGGGCUUUUGUUAUCUUAUUCAAGAUAAUCAACAGAUAGUGAUAUCGCAUUGGCUGCUUCCUCCAAAUUUGGACAAAAAGAAUAAAACUAAAUUAGUGCGCGAUGAUGGCCGAAGAAGCUGUGAAAAAUUUGGCUCUGUUCAUAAUGAACGAGGAAUGUUACGACAAUUAUUUUGUCGAUCAUGACUUCCUUGAUGUCCCGUGUUUCAAAGGCCUCUUGAGCAAGGGUCUGGGCAUGGGAAUCAUUGCAGGUUCUUUGCUGGUCAAAGUUCCACAGGUUCUGAAGAUCCUUGCAAACAAAAGUGGCGAGGGAAUCAGUGUGAUGGGAGUUCUGCUUGAUCUGGUGGCUAUAACAUUCCAUAUGUCGUAUAACUUCAUGAAUGGCUAUCCCUUCAGUGCCUGGGGUGAUGCGGUGUUCUUGAUUAUCCAGACUGCUGCUAUUGCUGCGCUUAUUUUCUUCUAUGGAGGCUCCCCGGCUAAAGCUGGAAUAUUUUUGGCAGCAUUCUCUUCGAUCGUAUAUGUACUAAAUUCGGGCUUGACGCCGUUAAAGAUUAUUUGGAUGGCCCAGAGCGUCAACAUCCCCAUAAUUCUCGUCGGCAAAAUGACCCAAGCCUACACCAACUACAAGAACAAGAGUACUGGGCAAUUGUCUGCUGCCACUUGUUUCAUGUUGUUGGCUGGCUCCUUGGCAAGGAUAUUCACAUCGAUCCAAGAGACCGGUGACCCAAUGAUGGUCCUUACCUUCGGAAUAUCGUCCUUUGCCAAUGCAGUGAUUGUGGCUCAAAUGGUUUACUACUGGAAGAAGACAGCAAAGAAGCCAGUUAAGGCUAAGACCUCUCCCAAGAAAGCAAAAAGCAAGAAAGUCAAUUAAGUUUUUUCUUUUCUACCGUGUGUUCUUUUUUUAAUUUACAAAUAAAGUGUAUCACUUCA